CCUGAUCUUGGGGGAAUAAAAAGUGGGGAGGGGGAGAUUCACAUAGCAGGCAGGUGGGCGGCCAGAAGGGCCUGAGGUCAACCUGGGCCUGGUGGGGGUCCCAUUGGGGGCCAAGUAGGGGAAAAGCUGCCUGUGCCCACCCCCCAAUAGGCUGGCAUUGUCCUGGUGCUCCUGAGGGAAGGGGCACCCAGAGAACAUUUGGGGUCCCCCCUCCACCUCUGGGACCUGUGAAAACUUGGGGGACCCGUCCCCCCAGCCCCAAGAAGGGACCCGCUCUCUUUCGGACCGGACCACCAGCGUUCUCCUCCCUUGCCGACAGACCUUUGUUGCCUGGAAAAGGAGCUGCCCAGGGCCCAUGAUGGGCCGGCCGGCCGGGUUUUAGGAUGUUUGGCCAGGCCAGAGGAUUGGCUUGGGGAACCGUGAGGUUCACCUGCUCCUCCAACCUUCGCUUCAGGCCGGCAGCAGAGACCAUGGCACCUCGCAACCUCCAGAAGGUUCUCUGUGUGGCAGAGAAAAACGAUGCAGCCCGCGGGAUUGCAGACAUCCUUUCGAACAGCAGGAUGAGGAGGAGGGAAGGAAUGUCCAAGUACAACAAGAUCUAUGAAUUCCAGUAUCACUUGUUUAACCAGAAUGUAACUUUGAUUAUGACAUCUGUGUCCGGACAUUUGCUGGCUCAUGAUUUCAAGGCACCAUUUCGGAAAUGGCAUAGCUGUAACCCCCUGGUCCUUUUCGAUGCAGAAAUUGAGAAAUUCUGCCCUGAAAACUACAUGGACAUUAAGCGCACCCUCGAGCGAGAGGUUCGGCCGUGCCAGGCCCUGGUGAUCUGGACCGAUUGUGAUCGCGAAGGGGAGAACAUUGGCUUUGAAAUCAUUCACGUGUGUAAAGCAGUGAAGCCAAACCUCCAGGUGUUCCGAGCCCGCUUCUCGGAGAUCACACCCCGGGCUAUCAGGUCCGCUUGCGAGAACCUCACCCAGCCAGAUCCAAAUGUCAACGAUGCUGUGGAGGUGAGGCAAGAGCUGGAUCUCAGAAUAGGUGCUGCCUUUACCCGGUUCCAGACCCUGAGGCUUCAGAAGAUCUUCCCAGAGGUGUUAGCGGAACAGCUCAUCAGCUACGGGAGUUGCCAGUUCCCCACCCUGGGCUUCGUGGUGGAAAGGUUCAAAGCCAUUCAAGCCUUCGUUCAAGAAACGUUCUACAGAAUUAAAGUGACUCACGACCACGAAGAGGGUACCGUGGAUUUCAGCUGGAAGAGACACCGUCUCUUCAGCCACACGGCGUGCCUUGUCCUCUACCAGAUGUGCAUGGAGGCGCCUCAGGCCACCGUCGUGGAGGUUGGAAGCAAACCCAAGAGCAAAUGGAGACCUCUUCCGCUGGACACCGUGGAACUUGAGAAAUUGGCUUCCCGUAAGCUGAAAAUAAACGCCAAGGAAACCAUGAAGAUUGCCGAGAAGCUGUAUACCCAAGGGUACAUAAGUUACCCCCGAACAGAGACCAACAUUUUCCCCAAAGACUUAAACCUCUCGCAGCUCGUGCAGCUUCAGACCCAAGACCCCCACUGGGGAGCCUUUGCGCAAAGGAUCCUGGACCAAGGUGGGCCAACCCCACGGCGGGGGACAAAAUCCGAUCAGGCUCAUCCUCCCAUACAUCCCACCAAACACGCCGGGAAUCUGCAGGGCAACGACCAGCGCCUGUAUGAAUUCAUCGUCCGCCACUUCCUGGCCUGCUGCUCCGAAGACGCGAAGGGGCAGGAAACCACGGUGGAGAUUGAGAUUUCCAACGAGCGCUUCGUGGCUCAUGGGCUGAUGAUCCUGGCCAGAAAUUACCUGGAAGUUUAUCCUUACGAAAGGUGGAGUGACAAGGUUAUCCCCCUCUACGAGCAGGGCUCCUGCUUCCAGCCCACCACGGUGGAGAUGGUGGAAGGGGAGACCAGCCCACCCCAGCUGCUCACCGAAGCGGACCUCAUUUCCCUGAUGGAGAAGCACGGCAUCGGAACAGACGCCACCCACGCGGAGCACAUCGAGACCAUCAAGUCCCGCAUGUACGUGGGGCUCACCCCGGACCAGCGCUUCCUUCCGGGACACCUGGGCAUGGGGCUGGUGGAAGGCUACGACUCCAUGGGCUACGAGAUGUCCAAGCCGGAUCUCCGAGCCGAACUCGAAAACGACCUGAAGCUGAUUUGCGAGGGGAAGAAGGACAAAUCCGCCGUGCUCCGAGAGCAGAUCCAGAAAUACAAGCAAGUCUUCGUGGCCGCUGUGACCAAGGCCAAAAAGUUGGAUGAGGCCUUGGCUCAGUAUUUUGGGGAGAUGACCCAGGUGGCGCAGGAGGAUGACAUUUACCCAGCCAUGCCCGAUCCGGUUCGGAAAUGCCCCCAGUGCAACUCUGACAUGAUCCUGAAGACCAAGAAGAACGGAGGCUUUUAUCUCAGCUGCUUGGGCUACCCUGCUUGUAAGUCCUCAGUCUGGUUUCCCGACUCCGUGCUGGAAGUCAGCAAGGACGAGUCUGUCUGUGGCAUCUGCAAGCCGCCUCCGGUGCAUCGGCUGAAACUGAAGUUCAAGCGAGGCAGCCUCCCCGCCGUGAUGCCCCUGGAGUUUGUGGGUUGCGUUGGUGGCUGCGAUGAAAAUCUCAGGCAGAUCCUAGACCUCAAGUACCUGCAAGGACCAGCCAGGGCUCCCACUCAGCCGAGGAAUCCCCCCGGGGAAGCCCCUGGCCCCCUUAACGGCACCAUCCGCAGCCGUGGCCAGCGCCUGCUGGCUCCCGUGCCCCCUCCUCCUGUGCCGGCACACGGGGCUCCUCCCGCGCUCGCCAAUGCAGCCAGGAAUGAUGCCGUGAUGUGCAACUGUGGCGAGGAGGCAAUUCUUCUCACCGUCCGCAAAGAAGGGCCCAACCAAGGCAGGCAGUUCUACAAAUGCAACACCGGCAGCUGCCGAUUCUUCCUCUGGUCCGACCAGCAGGAGCCCGACUGGAGGCCCAACGGGACAUCCGGGUUCCUGGCCCCACCCCAGGGCUCUUCCCUGCCGGGGCAAAGGGGCUCCGCGGGGCCCCGGAGGGCGGGCUCUGAUCCCGGAGCCAGCGCUGGCCAAGGAAGCCCCCUCUGCAGGUGCGACCAGCCCGUGACGAUCAGGACAGUGCAGAAAGACGGGCCCAACAAGGGGCGGCUGUUCCACACCUGCUCCAAGCCGCGGGAGCAGCAGUGCGGCUUUUUCGAGUGGGCGGAUGAGAGCUUGAGGCCAGCCACCUCCACCUUUCCUCCUUCCAUGGGCGAGUGGGCCCAACGGGGCCCUGGGGCCAAAGCGAAAAGAUCAGACAGCGACUCUUCUUUGAUGGCGCCUACGAAGAAACCACGGACGUGCAGCGUUUGCCACCAGCCUGGCCACACCAAGACCACGUGUCCCCAGAAUCGCUGAAGCAGCGUGGGCCACGGACGAGACUCGAGGGCCUUCUGGAAGGCUGGGCUUCCUCCUUGCAGGCUUCAGUUCUCCACCUUGAGUUUGAAAAUAUAGGUGGGACCGUGGAGGCAGGUGUUUCUCAACCGUGGCCGCUUGAAGGUGGGUGGACUUCAACUCCCAGAAUUCUGGGCACGGAAGCCCCCCCUCCCGUCUUCAAAUGGCCACGGUUGAGAAACCCAACUUUAGACUGUAACACUAUGCUGAUGUUUUGAUUUUUAAAAGCUUUUCUUCUCUUUGGGAAUUUAAACGAGGAAGGGUCGUUUCUCAAAGACCUGGAACUCACUGUAGGACUGAUGCUUUCUUAGGGAACCUGCUUCCAAAGCUGAACAAACUUUUCCUCUAUACAAAUCCUAUUCCACCCUCCCUGUUACUGGAAUAAUCAUAAUUUAUUCAAAAGGAAAAUAUAUGUGUACAAAACCCAGAGAGUUUAGUAUUUCUAAAAUUCCUCUCCUGCUCAAUGCUAUGUUCUGAAUGCUAAGGGCAGCUCCUGCCUGCUCUCAACGGAUGUGGAUAAUAUUUUUUUAAAUUAAAAUAUAUAUUUGGC